AUGGAAGCGGAGGGACGGGAGGCGCAUGCUCAGUGCCGUCCGUUCAGUCGGUUAAAACAUGAUAGCCGCAGGUACUUGUUUGCUGCGAGGCGACGAGGUGGAGCAGGACAAUUCCAUCCAAGGGAUCGUCACUUUCGAAUGGGAUGCUACACUAGUUCAGGAGUGCAUUAUAAUCCCUGUGAGAAAAAACAUGGCGGACCACAAGAUGAUGAGAGACAUGUUGGUGACCUAGGUAACAUAGAAGCUAAUGAUGAUGGAAUUGCGAAGUUUGAAAUGCAUGAUCGACUCCUUCGUUUAGCAGGAAAUUAUUCAGUAAUUGGACGCACUUUGGUGGUUACUGAAAAUGAAGAUGAUCUGGGUAAAGGUGGAAAUGAAGAAAGUCUUAUCAGAGGAAAUGCUGGAAAAGGUUUAGCCUGGGGUAUCAUUGGAAUAGCUAAUAAAUAA